AUGGAGAAACCCAUACCCAUCGCCAUUGUUGGCAUGGCGUGUCGCACGUCGGGCGGGGUGGCUUCAUUGGAGGACUUCUGGACAAUGAUAUCUCGUUGCAGAGACGGUUCUAUCCCAAUCCCCAAAGACCGAUAUUCCUCUGAAGCGUACUACCACCCUAAUCCGCAAAAGAGGGGUACCUUUAACCAAAUUGGAGGCUAUUUUAUGGAUAAAGAUAUGUCCUGCUUUGACGCCCCAUUCUUCAAUAUCACAAGACAAGAAGCCGCCGCGAUAGAUCCGCUACAAAGACAGCUUCUCGAAGUCUCGUACGAGGCUCUGGAGUGCGCAGGUCUUCCCAAGGACAAGAUAUCCGGACAGACCAUGGGAGUUUUUGUUGGUAGCAAGAGAUCAGACUACCGAUAUGGUACGCAAGACCUGAAGCGAAUAGAGCUGUUUGAGGCCACGAGCCUUCACCCAGCUAUCCAGGCCGGGCGGCUUUCCUAUUAUUUCAAUCUCAACGGGCCCUCCUGUAGCGUCGACACAGCUUGCUCUUCCGGUCUGCAUGCUCUUCACCUAGGAGUUAAUGCCAUCCGUAACGGAGAAUGCAGCUCUGCGCUGGUGGCGGCUGCGAAUUUGUAUCUUAACCCCGACGACCUGGUUUCCAUGUCUAUGCUGGGUCUAUUUACUCCCACAGGAAAGACAUACGCCUUUGACCACCGCGGAAAAUCUGGCUUCGCAUGCGGCGAAGGCUCCGCUGCCCUCAUAAUCAAGCCACUCGAUCAAGCCCUGCGCGAUAACGACAAGAUCUACUCUGUAAUCGUCAAUACAGGAAUUAACCAGGACGGCAAGACCGUUGGUCUGACGACACCGAGCAGUGAAAUGCAAGAGAAGCUCAUGCGUGACGUAUAUAGGCGCGCAAACAUUAGCCCGGACGACACGGCAUUCGUCGAGGCACACGGCACAGGCACAAAAGUAGGAGACCCUCUAGAAGCAGUUGCCAUCCAGCGAGUGUUUGGAAACGGCCGUACAAAGCGCAAGCCCCUUUACAUUGGCUCUGUGAAGACAAAUGUAGGCCAUUUGGAAAACGCCAGUGGUCUGAUAUCUAUCAUCAAGGCCAGUCUUAUGCUGGAUCGAGGCUUCAUCUUACCCAACACCAACUUUGAGAAGGCCAACCCUGCCAUACCUCUGGAAGAGUGGGGUAUGAAAGUUCCCAUCAAUAUUCGUCCUUGGCCUAAAGGCAAGCGCUAUAUUAGCAUUAAUAACUUCGGUUUUGGGGGUUCCAAUGCCCACGCCGUUCUCGAAAAGGCGCCCAUAGUGGCUACAAUCAAGGCCAUGCCCGUUGAAUCACCAGGAAAUGAAGCCCCUGCACCCAAACUUUUCCCCAUAUCGGGUCACGACGAGGGUGCUGCCAAAAGAAAUGCGAGCCAGAUUGGAAUCUACGUCGAGCAGCACCCCGAAAUCUUUGAGAAGCGCAUCUCUCGCGAUGUUGCAUACACUCUGGGCGAGCGCCGGACUCACCACGCUUUUCGUGUUGCUAUCACUGCUAGAAAUUUCGACGAGCUGGCAAAAACCUUGAAUGAUGAAGUCCUGCUCCCACAACGGGCGUCAGAUGAACCUCUCAAGCUAGCCUUCGUGUUCACUGGCCAAGGUGCUCAGUGGCCGCAGAUGGGCAAGCAGUUACUCAACUCCCACCCCAUUUUCGCCAAAACGGUCAAAGAGUCGUCGGACUUUCUCGAGAGUAUUGGAGCUGACUUCUCCCUCGUGGAAGAGCUUUUGCGGGAUAAGAGUGAGUCCAUUGUGAAUGAGGUUCAUAUUGCGCAGCCAAUUUGUACGGCGGUCCAGCUUGGUCUUGUUGAGCUUCUCAAGACGUGGAACGUUAACCCUUCCAUGGUCAGCGGCCAUUCAUCUGGUGAAAUCGCGGCUGCUUAUGUUACAGGCGCUAUUACACUCAAAUAUGCCAUGGCUGCUGCUUACUACCGCGGCUAUUUUGCUGCUCAGAUGAGGCAGCGCAAUCCUGAUCUGCAUGGUGCAAUGUUAGCAGUUGGUGCUGGGCCUGCCGAAGUCAAGGGAAUCAUCAUAUCCUUGGGUUUGGAUGGCAUCACCAUUGCUUGCAAAAACUCUCCCAAUUCAAUUACUGCCUCUGGUGAUGAGACAGACAUUGACUGCCUGGCUUCGGAACUUGAAAGACGCGGCAUUUUCAGCCGGAAGCUUCGUGUCAACGUAGGCUAUCACUCUGCUCACAUGAGACUUGUCGCAGAUGACUACAUGGCGGCCAUCAAAAACAUGCACUCCAAAGCCACGGAUGGUAUCAAGUUUUACUCGUCUCUUCUCGGCAAGAAGCUCGAUAACACUGAAGCACUAGGCGCUCAGUACUGGGUUAACAACCUUACCGAGCCUGUUCUCUUUUCGUCCGCCCUUGAGCAGCUAUACCAUGAUGGAAAGCCGGACAUUAUCAUUGAGCUCGGCCCCCAUUCUGCCCUCGAGGGCCCAAUCAAGCAAAUUUUGAAGAGCGUUAGCAAGCAAGCUGCUUCUAGCGUCAGGUAUUACUCUGUUUUGCUCCGCAACCAAGAUGCUGCGGUUACAGCCGUCAAGCUUGCCGGUAAUCUUUGGGCCAACGGUCUUGCUAUCAACUUCAGCCAGGUCAAUGAGACCUUGGAGGGUCAAUCGGACCCCAGUUUGAUUUCAAACCUGCCUUCCUAUCAGUGGUCAAUGCAUCAGUACUGGACAGAGUCCCGCGCCAGCAAGUCCCGUCGCCUAAAGCCUUUCGGCCGUCAUGACCUGCUUGGACUCCUACAAGAUGAUUGCAACGAAGAUGAGCCUGUUUGGACCAACGUUCUUGACUCCGAUGAAGUGCCAUGGCUCAAAGAUCAUAAAAUGCAAACUCUUGUCACAUUCCCCUGCGCUGGAUACCUGACUAUGGCGACCGAAGCUGCUUCUCAAAGAGCGAGGAUACGUGGCGUAUCGUUAGAUGAAAUUGCCUCUUAUUGUAUGCGCGACAUCCAGGUCACUAAGGCCUUUAUCCUUGAUGACGGCGCAUCUUAUGACACACGCUUUACUCUCAAGCGAUACGCGGAAGGCCUUGCAUCGUACUCUGAUGAUUGGGAUGAGUUCCAAUUUUCUUCUUGGGCGCCGUCCCGAGGCUGGGUUGAGCACUGCCGUGGCCUUGUUGGCAUCAAGAAACGCAGCGAUGCCAAUACUGUUCGUGUGAGGAACCAAAAAGCUGCCCUUGAUCGCAGGGCCAAAAUUCAAGCGCAGCCUGGUACUGAAGUUGACCGUGAAAUUUUUUACUCGGAACUUUCUAACAAGGGCGCUGGAUACACCAGAGACUUCACAUUCAAGGAUGGCGCAAACCUGAGAGUCGAUGGUGGCUAUUCAGCUGGUAUAGCUGUUCUCCAAGAUUCUGCCGCCAAUAUGCCUUUCAACUAUGAGACACGAAGCAUUCUACCCCCUGCAUUCACAGACUUGAUCUUCCAGACUUGCUUCUUGGUCAUCGGCGCAGGUCGCGGAAAUAUGAAGAACUUGAUCAUGCCAUCGGCCAUUGGAAGUGUGGAGAUAUCUACCAAAUGCCCAAAUUCUCCCGGAGAAACGCUCGAACUCGUAACCCGCUGCCAUAACCACUCUUCAAAGGGGCCCUUUAUAUAUGACCAUGAUGCAUGGCACACAGGCGGGGACGAGCCUGUCGUUAUGCUGCGAAACACCGUCUUGACCCCAAUUAACGGCGAUGCCUUUGAUGGCCAAGAGUGCAGAUCCGUGUGCUAUAAAGUGAACUGGGAGACUUUAGAAGCUCAAGUUGCAGCGAGACUUGAAGACAAUCCUACUUCAGAUGAGGCAAACGGCCAUACAAACAGGCACGCCAACGGCCACACCAAUGGACUCACCAACGGGCUCACCAACGGGCUCGCCAACGGGCACGCCAACGGGCACACCAACGGGCACGCCAACGGGCACACCAACGGCCAUACCAAUGGACUCACGAACGGACACGCCAACGGACACGCCAACGGACACGCCAACGGACACGCCAACGGAUACGCCAACGGGCACGCCAACGGGCAUAUCAAUGGACUCACGAACGGACACGCCAACGGACACGCCAACGGACACGCCAACGGACACGCCAACGGAUACGCCAACGGGCACGCCAACGGGCAUAUCAAUGGACACAUAAAUGGACACAUAAAUGGACACAUAAAUGGACACACGAAUGGGCAUAUCAGCGGCCAUACCAAUGGAGGCGCCAAUGGGCACAUCAGCGGUCACACUAACGGACACACCGAUGGGCACAUCAAUGGUUCUAAUAGUGACGCUAAUGGCUACGUCCAUGGUGCGUUGGCCUCCGGUGUUGACUUGAGUUCCACUCCUAUCACCAUCAUUUGCGAUGCUGCCCCCUCAAAUACUCUCUCCGCGGCUCUUGCAGAUCUAAUUGAGAUCCGGAGUGGUGGAUGCAGACCGACCAUCACGUCACUGGAGAACGUGGAAAUCUCUUCAUCCACUAGAUAUAUCGUCUUGAAUGAAGUUGAUAGCCCAGUUCUGGAUAACAUGAGCGCCGAUACAUUUGCUCGCGUUCAGAAGCUCCUGCUUGAUGGCUUGUCUAUCCUCUGGGUGGGCUCUGGUGCUUACUUAAAUGCAGAGAUCCCGCAUAACAACAUGGCUCAGGGAAUGCUCCGAACUAUUCGUUCCGAGCUGAGCAAGGUGGCAGCCACCCUCGACCUCGAUACCAAAUCUAAGUUGAUGCCUGUCGACCAGGCGCAGCUGAUCCUCACAGCAUUGAAAACGUCAUUGGAGACGCCCGAAGAUGACUCUAUUGACUACGAGUUUGCGGAGAAAAAUGGUAAACUUUUCGUUCCCCGUGUAGUAGAGGAAAACGAGAUGAAUCUCGAUAUCUUCCGCCAAACUCAGUCUUCCCGCCCUUAUCUCCAAGACUUCAACCAGCCCGGACGCCGCCUCAAGAUCGCGGUUGGCACUUAUGGUGCGCUCGACUCCUUGUUCUGGGAAGACGAGAAGGCGUACGAGUUGAGGCCUGAUGAGAUUGAAAUCAAAGUUGCUGCCACUGGCAUGAACUUCAAGGACGUUGUCAUUGCCAUGGGACAGGUGGCUAGCCCAUAUCUCGGAGUCGAGUGUUCCGGUACCGUCUCACGACUUGGAUCUAGCGUUUCCUCGCUCAAGGUUGGAGAUCGGGUUUGUGCUAUGACACACGGUGCUUAUGGUACCUUUGCUCGCUGUCCAGCUACUAGUGCAGCUAUUGUACCCGAUGAUAUUCCUUUCUCUGUUGCUGCCUCUAUCCCCGUCGUCUUCUGCACUGCCUACUAUGGCCUUGUUGAACUUGCACGCCUCGACAGCGGUGAAAAGAUCUUGAUUCAUGCUGCCUCUGGCGGUGUAGGGCAGGCCGCUAUUCAACUCUCACGGAUGAUUGGUGCUGAGAUUUUCGCCACUGUUGGCAGUGCCGAGAAGAAGCAGCACCUUAUUGAUAUGUAUGGUAUCCCUGAGGAUCAUAUCUUCUAUAGUAGAGACACUAGCUUCGGGCCUGCCCUCAGAGAAGCUACUGGUGGCAAUGGCGUGGACGUUGUGAUCAAUUCGCUUGCCGGUGACCUAUUGAGAGAGACUUGGGCCUGCAUUGCUCCAUUCGGCCGCUUCAUUGAAAUUGGAAAACGUGAUAUCACUUCUAAUACCAGACUGGAAAUGGCCAAGUUCGAGUACAACUGUACUUUCAGCUCGGUUGACUUGACCAAAGUUGGAGAUUGGCGACCCAAGAUCAUGGGCCGAGUUUUCAACGAAGUCAUGGCUCUCAUCGCCAAGAAGAAUAUCCAGCCCAUUACCCCUAUCACCGAGAUUGGCAUAUCCGAGGUUGAAGCCGCUUUGCGCAAACUUCAGAGCGGCAAGACCACGGGUAAAGUUAUUGUCAACCAUCUCGUUGAUGAGCAGGUCAAUAUUACUCACCAGCAGCCUACCACUAAGGAUCUAGUGAAAGACAAUGCCACUUAUAUCAUCAUUGGCGGUACAGGUGGCCUUGGCCGUUCUAUGACAAAAAAGAUAGUGCAACGAGGUAGAAAGCACAUUGUCCUUUUGUCCCGCAGCGGCAAGAUGACCCCUGAGCUAGAGCAGCUCAGCAAAGACUGCGAAGUUGAUGAAGCCAAGAUCUACGUAAAGCCCUGCGAUGUGGCCGAUCAGGCAAAGGUUAACGAGCUCAUCUUAGAGCUGCAGUCGUCACUGCCUCCGAUCCGUGGUGUCAUCCAUGCAGCUAUGGUUUUGCGUGAUACCCUCUUUGAAAAGAUGUCAUUCGAGGACUGGAAUGAGGUUGUCCGCUCAAAGGUUGCGGGCGGCUGGAACUUCCACACUGCGCUGGCUAAUGAACCCCUAGACUUCUUCAUCGUUAUGUCCUCCGUUGCUGGUAUUGUCGGUAACCGAGGGCAGGCAGCCUACGCUGCAGCCAACACCUUUUUGGAUGCUUUGACAGUCCACCGCCGCAAACUGGGUCUCAAUUCGACAUCUCUCAACCUGACUGCGGUCGAAGAUGCCGGUUACCUGGCAGAGAAUGCCAGCAAACAAUGCGAGGUUCUUCGUAAUUUAUCCGGUAACGGCAUUAGCGAGGCCGAAGUCCUAGCACUCAUCGAGAGCUCUAUCAACGGAAAGGUUGGCACCACCUGCGACGACCAAUGUGUUACCGGUCUCGAUUUCGGCGACUCUAUGCCCUACUAUGCCACCGAUGGCAAAUUCUCAUAUCUGCGCAAGGCGGCUGCCCUCGCGCUUAGCACAGCUGCGGAUGAUAGCAACAGCGCAAACAUUCCUAUCGGUAAGAGACUGGCCAAGCUUACGACCGUGGAAGAGGCCGUUGAACUUGUCGUCGAUGGCUUGCGCGACAAACUCGGCGCCAUUCUGAUGCUUCAUCCCGACGUCAUGCUCGCAAAGCAGGCGACCGUCACCAUGACUGCCUUUGGCCUGGACUCGCUCAACGCUAUUGAGUUGCGUAAUUGGAUCGGAAAGGACCUUCAGGCGCACUUACAGAUUCUAGAGCUGCUAAGGGCUGGUACACUGGCCGAUCUUGCAUGUCAGAUUCUAAAGAAGACCCGUAUCCAAGGUGUAUGGUCUGUGGAAGAGGCAGCCAAAUGA